CAUAAGCAAUACACCCAUAUAACAGAAAGAGAGAGAAAGAAAGAGAAGCAUGGAGGGUGGUGAGUUGAAGAACAUCUUCAAGGUUUGGGUUUUAGUUUUUGCAUCAUUAAGCUAUUGUUACUUGAUAGCAAGAAGGAUCGCAAAGGGAAAGUUGAGACUCCUGUCCAUCAUCCCUGUCCUCUGCCUCUUCCUUCUCCUCCCUCUCAACUUCUCCUCCAUCCAUCUCAGAGGUUUAACAGCUUUCUUCCUUUCUUGGCUUGCUAACUUUAAGCUCCUCCUCUUUGCCUUUGGUAAAGGUCCUUUAUCACUUAACCCAUCAAUGCCACUUCUACGUUUCAUUUCCGUAGCUUAUUUCCCCAUCAAAAUCAAAUACCAAUCUCCAAAUGGUAGCAAUGGUGCCAAAGAGAACAACCACUCAUUUCCCUUUCCAAGUAGAAUAGUUCCCAACUCACCUCUGUUUUACAGCAUUAAAGUGAUACUUUUAGCUGUUGUGCUUCGUUUGUAUGAUUACAGUCAAUACAUCCACCCACUUAUUCUCAGGUUUCUUAAUUGUACCCACAUCUACAUCGGCAUGGAAACUGUGCUUAUUACUGUGGCAUAUCUGGCCAGACUGCUACUAGGCCUUGAACUCGAACCAACAUUCAAAGAACCCUAUCUCUCAAUCUCUCUGCAGGACUUUUGGAGUCGACGAUGGAAUCUCAUGGUCUCCAAAAUUCUGCACCCCACCGUCUAUGAGCCUACACGACGUCUUGCUGUGCAGCUAUUUGGUAUUGAGUCAGAAAUGUCUCGACUUGUAGCUAUACUCAACACAUUCUUUGUGUCUGGUCUGAUGCAUAUGCUCGUGUGGGUUUAUGUCGGUUGUUGGCAUCCCACAUGGAAGACCAUGUUCUUUUUUGCUCUCAAUGGUGUCUGUUUAGCAGCUGAGGUUGCCGUGAAGAAGGCAGUGGCCGGUCGAUGGCAGUUACAUCCUGUAGUUUCAUGGUUACUGGUCAAUGGGUUCCUUUUUGGUACCAUUUCCUGGCUGUUAUUAUCAGACAUUGUCCGGUGUCAGCUGGAUAUCAAGGGGGUUAGAGAGUACAAAGCUUUUGAAGAGUUCAUAAAGGAUGUAAGUGGCUAUAGGGGAUUCCAUGGCCCAUAG